CCUCCGGAGAUUAGCUUCAGUGCUAACAACUCUUGGCACAGGCAGAAAGGUCGGAACUCCUGGGACCGGUGGGAUUAAGACCAGCCCCCCCCCGGGACGGGCAGAACCAGCACAACAGCAGAGACCGCGGGUGUGACCGAUGGAGCCCGUUACUGGAAGCCUCGAUGUACUCCCGGAGGCACCCCCCAUCUCCGAGCUGAACGCCUCCGUCACGAACGGCACGGAGCUCGGGGUGCUGCCCUUGCUCACCGACGCCUGGCUGGUGCCGCUGUUCCUCGCUCUCAUCCUGUUGCUGGGGCUGCUCGGCAACUCCCUGGUCAUCCACGUGAUUAGCAAACAUGCACAGAUGAAGACGGCCACCAACUUCUACAUCGCUAACCUGGCUGCCACGGACAUCAUGUUUUUGGUCUGCUGUGUGCCAUUUACUGCCACCCUGUACCCUCUGCCUGGCUGGAUCUUUGGUGACUUCAUGUGCAAGUUUGUCAACUACCUGCAACAGGUUACUGUACAGGCAACCUGUAUUACCUUGACUGCGAUGAGUGCUGACCGGUGUUAUGCCACGUUGUACCCACUGAAGUCACUGAGGCGCCGUACUCCCAAGGUUGCCAUGGUGGUCAGUGUGUGCAUUUGGAUGUGUUCCUUUGUCCUGUCUUUCCCAAUUAUAAUGUACCAGAAGAUAGAAAAGGGAUACUGGUACGGACCCAGAACAUACUGUGCCGAGGCCUUUCCAUCAGACGCCCAUCAGAAGGGCUUCAUCCUGUACCAUUUUCUUGCUGUCUACUUUCUGCCUUUGCUCACUAUCUCCCUCUGCUACUCUUUGAUGAUUAAGAGAGUGGGCAAACCUGUCAUUGAGCCUGCUGACAACAGCUAUCAGGUUCAGCUGCUGUCUGAAAGGACAAUUGCAAUGAGAAGCAAGAUUUCUAAAAUGGUGGUGGUGAUUGUGCUCCUCUUUACAGUUUGUUGGGGGCCCAUCCAACUCUUUAUCCUCUUCCAGGCAUUUUACCCAAAAUUCCAGGCCAACUACGAGACUUACAAGAUCAAAACUUGGGCUAACUGCAUGUCUUACGCCAACUCCUGCAUCAAUCCCUUUGUUUAUGGGUUUAUGGGAGCCAGCUUUAGAAAGUCCUUUAAAAAGACUUUUCCAUUUAUGUUCAGACAUAAAGUCAGGGACAACAAUGUGACCUCUGGGAGUGGCAAUGCAGAAAUGAAGUUCAUCACUGCAGAGUCUUAACAGUUAUAAAUUCUUUGUACAUAAACAUGUUUAAGAUACACAGUCACAGAUGGCCAUUUUGUUUGGCCUGGAUAAUUCCUCGAGGGCAAAUGUACUAACAGUAAUAUGACAUGCAAGUUCUUAAUUUGUUUAUGAGCUUGCCUUCACUGAGUAGCACUUAACUAUAUGGCCAAGUAUUGCGGUUUACUGUAAAAAAUGAUUUACCUUCAACCAACUUCAGAAGCACAAAUGAAUCCUUUGUAAUUGGUUGCCAAGAAGUAUUCCCUUAGGAUUUGGAAUUCUAUAAACUUGAGAUGGAAGCAGUCAGUGUGAAAACCUUUCUUGCCACAGCCCACUGAGUCACUUCUUAAACAAUUCAAAAGAAAAACAGCUUAAAACUUGGACUUAGAACAAGCUUUGCUUUUAGAGUUAUAUUUGGAUCAAAUUUAUUAUAUAAUGGUAAUUCAUGGGAAAUGAGUGUACCAUUUGGAAUUUUUUAGUAAUUUGAAUUAGUGGAAAGAUAUAGCUUAUUUAAUGAAAUUACAGGUGUGAUUGAUGAAAGAUCUGUUCAACCUAUUGGAAAUUGACAGGUAAAUGUAACCCAUUGCAUUUUUAUUUAAUGGAUUGCACGUAUAAACUUAAUACAA